AAAAAACUUUCCUAGAUAGAUUUGCUGCUGAACAUUUGGAAAUGUAGUGUGCGUUUUCUCUAGGGUUAUUGUGUAAUUUUAAUGAAUUUUAUUGUAAAACACAUACUUUUAUAUUUUCAGUAUGUUAACAGUGAUAUUCCAUAUAAACACCUUACGGUUCGCCGUACCAGCUGUGGCGUUAAUGGGUGUUGGACCACAGUAUCUAACGCUAAUCCUAGGCUGGCGAUUAGCCUCUGUCUUAAUGCCAACGAGCUGGUUCCGUGCGGGUGACGAUUGCAUAUGGGGAACAUACCAACGAUUCAUUGAGUUCUUCUUUGAACAUUGUACAGGCGUGGAGGUUGUGUUGUCCGGUGACGUUGAUGACCUUAAGAAAGAGAAUGUCUUGUACCUGUCCAACCACCAGAGUACAAUGGAUUGGAUCGUCGCUGACAUGCUGGCCAUCCGUGCCGGCUGUCUUGGAAGAAUGCGAUAUGUCUUGAAGGAUGGUCUAAAAUAUAUGCCCUUAUAUGGUUUCUACUUUGGCUUGCAUGGUUGCAUCUAUGUGAAGAGGAGCAAUAGGUUUGAUCAACGCAAUAUCAGCAGAUGUAUGCGUCAGCUUGCAAGCUUUGAGAAACAUAAAACACCU